GUGCGCGUGCGCGGAGCUGAGUGCCGCUGGGCCGCAUCCCCGUGGGCCGCGCUCGCCGUGGGCAUCGGCUGGGCGCUCGCUGCUCGGUCCCCGCCCCACCCUGCCCCGGAUCGGCGGACGGAGCCCGGCUCGGCCGCGACGUCGCGGGAUGGCGCAGACGGCCAUGUCGGAGACCUACGAGAGGAAGGCCAGGGCUGGAGAGCCUCAGUCUGAUUUGGGAAACUAUCUGGAGAUGAUGCUUCCUGGUGUGAGCAGAGCAGAGCUUCCACAGCCUCAGGAGGCAAGGCAGCCUGGAGCCAUUGGUGGCAGAUCCAGAGACGAACACCCCCACAGUUACUUCAGGGGAGAGAGAGCCAGGGUGUGCUGCUCCCAGAAUACACAAAGAAGCUUAGAUUUCUUGUUUAAAUUCUUGGUUAUUGGAAAUGCAGGAACUGGCAAAUCUUGCUUACUUCACCAAUUUAUUGAAAAAAAGUUCAAAGAUGACUCAAAUCAUACGAUAGGAGUGGAAUUUGGUUCAAAGAUAAUAAAUGUUGGUGGUAAAUAUGUAAAGUUACAAAUAUGGGACACAGCAGGACAAGAACGAUUCAGGUCUGUAACAAGAAGCUACUACAGAGGUGCAGCUGGGGCGCUCCUUGUCUACGACAUCACCAGCCGAGAAACCUACAAUGCGCUUACUAAUUGGUUAACAGAUGCCAGAAUGCUGGCGAGCCAGAGCAUCGUGAUUAUCCUGUGUGGGAACAAGAAGGACCUGGAUGGGGACCGGGAAGUCACCUUCCUUGAAGCCUCCAGGUUCGCACAGGAGAAUGAGCUGAUGUUCCUAGAAACAAGUGCACUGACAGGAGAGAACGUAGAAGAAGCUUUUAUGCAGUGUGCAAGAAAAAUACUUAACAAAAUCGAAUCAGGUGAGCUGGACCCUGAGAGAAUGGGCUCUGGCAUCCAGUAUGGCGAUGCUGCCCUGAGACAGCUGCGGUCACCAAGGCGCACCCAGGCCCCGAGUGCACAGGAAUGUGGCUGCUAGGCACAGUGACGCAAGUUUCUACCAUGAUAUCUGGGAUAUAGCUGCUGGAACGUGAAGAAUCUGAUGUUUUUUACUGCCAUCUUUUUCUACUCUGUGCAGUAGAUCUUUGUGAGGAAAUAGUGGUGCCGGCUGGAGGAUGUGGCCCGCUGCCAUGCAAUAACUGACUCAGUGGACAGUGUCGUCAGACAUGUGUGUGGAAACUCAGUGCACAAUUCUUCCAGACAUGUUCGUGUAUGUAACCUAUAUGUAGAAUGCUGGCUGCAUCUUCCCUUCCACCUGACAUUUCAGUUGUAGCUCUGUUCCAAACACAGGUUGGCUCAAUUCCAAGGCAUGUAUCUGGUAUAUGAUAGGAUAGAAAAUUGCACUAAAUGUUCAAUUUUUUUUAAUCACAGGGACUGAAAUUGGUGAGUACGAAGUAUGUUUUUCUCAUCAUGUAGGUUAUAUUUAUGACCUGAUAUUAAGAGCUCUGGCACCAAUAAUCAGUGCGCUAUUUCCUUCUGCUUACCACAUUCUACACUAUUUAUGUGUUCCACACUCAAAAUGCCAGAUCAGUAGUCAUUCACAAACAUACGAAACAAAACAAAAAGUGAAUUUUCUGUGAGCUGCCUCACAAGCCAGCCUGUAAGUAGACCGCAGACUCUGUGUUGCACUGUGCCCUCCUUAUCCUGUAACCAAUAAACCAAUGUUGUUGGACACCA